AUGAGAUCAUUUGUGAUCAUCGCCUUGUUGGCUACUGUAGCCUCUGCCGGAUUGCUGGAUCCGAAAGAUCUGGGAAAAGGAUUCGCAGAUCUAUUGGACCAGGGCAAAUUUGACGACCUUUGCAAAAACGGCAAGGUCAAGGACCUCAUCAACGGCUUGACAAAUGUCACCGACAACACAAAGAAGUCGCUGCACUCGGCGGUUAACCUCCAUCAGAGCUUGGCUGCUGAUGAUAAGAAGCAUUUGCACAACUUCUUUCAGUUCAUCGUUAAGUAAGUUACUGUAUACUAAACCAAUGGACUUUAUUGUAGGUUCGGAAGGGAAUAUGAUAAUGACACCACCACCUCGCAACGCUUCGGUCACUUUAAAACUUCCUUAAAACGCGUUGAAAGCCGCCAGAAGCACAGCCCAAAAACUAAAUUUGGAGUCACCAAGUUCUCCGACUUGAGCGCACAGGAAUUCGUUAACAAACACACUGGAGUCAAGGGAGUCAGCCAUGUCCAAAAGCUCCACAGCACUUCCAAACCGUCUCAAAUCCGCGCCAAACGCCAGGAUACCCCAGAUUCUUAUGACUGGAGAGAUUAUGAAGGAGUCACCUCCAUCAAGGACCAGGGCGCCUGUGGCUGUUGCUACGCUUUUGCUGCUGUCGCUGCCAUUGAGAGUCAGCACAAGCUUCAGACCUUCGAAGAGUUGGAUCUGAGUGAAGAGCAGAUGGUCGCGUGUACCUACCAAAACCAGAAGUAUGAUGAUAACAAUGGCUGUGACGGAGGUUCCUCCCCGGGAGUGCUGCGAUAUGCGAUUGACCAUGGAAUCACCAGUGAGGCCAACUGGGGCUACACUUUGGGCGAGACUGGAGACAAUUCUGCCAUUCCAAAGUGCAAAAGCAAGACCUCUGCAGUCCGCUCGGUUACUAGCCAAACACAACUCCCAUCCGAUGAUGAGGAUAACAUGGCCAGUGUUGUAGCUAGUUCCGGACCAAUUGUUACAUGUAAGUACAGUUAAACUAUCAUCUGUUUCUAUAUAUGAAAGGCCUGGGAUAGCAACAGUGACACUUUUCAGACCUUGAUGCCGGACCACUCCAAGACUACCAAGGAGGAAUCAUUGAUGCUCAGGAACCCGAAGGUGGCUGGGAAAUUAAUCAUGCGAUCCUUACAAUUGGCUACGGAAAUGAGGAUGGUACCCCUUAUUGGAUCAUGAAAAAUCAAUGGGGAGAAGACUGGGGUGAGAGCGGAUUCUUCAGAGCCAUCCGCGGCACCAACAACAUGCUGGUUGGAGACUGGAACUACCAGGUUCAACUUUAA